CCACUUACAGCUAACUCAAGUGACAGAUGAAGUGUGGAAGAUGUCUCAAAAGGUGUUGUUCAUUAAGAUGCUGCUGGUGCAUUACGCAACCCAGAGUCUGCCAGAAAUUCAUGCAAGCUGCAAAGAAGAUGUCCCACUUAAGUGUCCAGAUGUUGAUAUUGACAGCAUGGAUUUCCUCUCAGUGACGUGGUACAAGAUGACCAACAAAGGUAAAAGUGGCAUUAUCAGGAGAGCUAAAGGUGAGGAGACCACACAGAACUACAACUUCAGUCGUCCUGCCUGGUUUGGAGAGAAACACAGUCUGUUCCUCCACAGUGUGACACCUGAAGAUUCGGGCACCUACGAAUGUUUCAUCAGUGCAAAUGUAGGAGGUCAAAAUAAGUAUCUCAAAGUCGCUCUAACGGUUAAUGAGUGUGUGACCCAGGCUGAGCUGACAACAAUGACCAAUGUGUUGAACACAACUCACUCUGACCUGCCCUGCCACAGACAAGUUGAGGACCUGCCAUUCAUGUGGAGCAUUAUAGGCUAUGUGGCAGUGGGCCUCGCCAAAAUAAUUUUAUCUCUAAUCAGCAUUUGGGUUAUUCGAGCUCUUCGUGUCAGGUCUUCAAGACGGCGGCAGCAUUUGUGGUAAAGCUGACUAUCCAACCUGUUUGGAGACUUCAGUGAGAUCAGAGCACGUAAACAGACAGCCCUUUACAGUAUAUUCUAUAAAUCAGCAAUUGAAAAUGAUAUUGUUUUUUUACUUUUCUUAUUUAUUGUAUUUAACUUGUAUUCAAAGAUAUAUAUGUAUUCUUUCCAAUGCCCUGUGUCCUCAGUUUGAAAAAAUGUGUCACUUUAGUGAACCACUGUGAGGUUAACUCAACCAAAAACGUUAAUAACUAAACAGGAACAGACAUGAGAGGAUGUAAGCCUUCUAUAGAGGAACAAAAACACCAUGCACACACUGAAACAGGUGUAAACAGCAUCUAUUGUAUAUAAUUGAGUAUAAUAGGUGAAUUGUGAUAACUGAUAUAUUGUAACAUCAAAUGUUGACACUGAACGGGGAUUCAAACGAACUUCUGAUUUGUUAAUGGCAUUUCCACUUAGAGUUAAAAUUAACAAUUUCAGCAAAUUAUUCAUAUUUUAAUUGUGCUGUUGAUAAAUGUAAAGCAAUAUCUGUAGUUGAUUUUUUAUGAUAACAUUCAGCAACUCUAUUAGCUUGUGGUUUUUACCCACUGCCUGUUCCUGUUUACCUCCUGUCCUAAACCAAAGAAAACACUGACACCACAGACACCACCUUUAUCAGAUUUAUAUUGUAGAUAUGUUAUCAUUAAAACUUAUCAUGACUCA